CAUUAUCAAUGUACUUUAUCUACUUAAUUGUGGUAAAUCACAAUUACAAAACCUUCAAUACUCAUCCAAACAUUGAACAAAUAAUAGCUAAGUUGUUAUUUUUGACCGGUGCACUUAUCGUGUCUUCAUACUAUCGUUUUUGCGAAGAAAGAAAAAUAAAAUUUGCAGUUAGUGAAACAAAGGACGGAAUACAUCAACGAAUUAGACUUGAGUGUGAAAAAGAACAACAAGAGACAUUAUUGCUAAGCGUCAUACCAGCUCACGUUACAGCCGAAGUUAAAAAAUCUAUUAUGACCAAAAUGGCAGAAGCAAACAUUCAUCAACAAACAACAAGAUUUCAUGAAAUGCAUGUCCAACGACACAAUAAUGUGACAAUUUUAUAUGCUGAUAUUGUAAACUUUACACCUUUAUCAGAACAGUUAGCAGCUUCAGAUUUGGUAAAAACAUUGCACGAAUUGUUCGGACGUUUUGAUCAAAUUGCACAAGAAAACCAAUGUCUAAGGAUUAAAAUAUUAGGAGAUUGCUAUUAUUGUGUAUCUGGAUUGCCAAUAUCAAGGCCUAAUCAUGCAGAAAACUGUGUUAACAUGGGAUUGGCAAUGAUUGAAGCUAUUAAAUACGUACGCGAAGGAACAGGAUUUAAUGUAGAUAUGAGAAUUGGUAUUCAUACAGGAAAUGUACUGUGUGGAGUAUUGGGCUUAAGAAAAUGGCAAUUCGAUGUUUGGAGCGAUGACGCUACUCUAGCAAAUCAUAUGGAGAGUGGAGGUCUCCCAGGACGAGUUCAUAUAACGAAGGCAACGCUUAAUCAUUUGGGACAAAAAUUCAAUGUAGAACCUGGAAAUGGAAGCAGUAGAAACUCCUAUUUGGAAGAUCAUAAAAUAGAAACAUUUCUGAUUAUUCCACCUAAAGCAAAAGCAUCAGAGAGUCCUCAACAAAUAAAUAAAUCUGCAGAUAUUUGUAUCAUAGAGCCUGGAGGAGACUCCGUACAAUAUCCUAUUAAGGAAAAAGAUUUUCCGAAACUAAAUAGCCAUUGUGUAACCUCAAUACAACCCACAUUAAUAAAAGUUGAAAGGAAUACAGAACUAAAAGAUAAUUUGCUCAGUGCAGUAAGCUCUGAUACAAAUGAUAGAAGACGACUAUCGGUCCAAGGCUUGAUUGGAAACAUAACAGAUAGACGUCGAUCAUCUGGGUCAAUACUGAUGGAAAUGGGAAGAAAGAUGUCUAUGUCUAAUAUUGACAUUAAAUAUGGCCAAUCUUUUCGUUCUAAAUCAUCGAAAAUGACAAAGUUUAUAGAAUUUUGGGGGGCAGAUAAGCCAUUUGCUAAUAUUACUGAUACUAAAAUGGCAAAAACUAUUGGACUGGCCAGUAUAUCAAUGAUAGAGUCACAUUUAUUACCUCUAGAAAAAAAUGUUGGUGUUUGUAAAAGUUUCACUAUGUGGUAUCCAGAUAAAAAUUUGGAAAAAUUAUACCGACAGCAACCUAAUACUAAAGUAAAAAAUGAUUUAUCAUGUUGCUUCGUGUUGGUCCUGAUUUGUCUUGCGAUUCAAGUAGCGAUUUUCAAAAGCAACAUUAUACUAUAUUGUGGCUUGAUUGUUACUCUUAUAUUAAUUACCCUGCUCUUGUAUGCCAGCAAUCUUACACAUCUGAGAUUUGACUCCCCAACGUUAAGGCAUCGUGGAAAUAGUAUUAACGAUGAAUAUUUCUUUCAACUAUUAAUAUUUAUCAUAUGUUCUUUUUUAAUUGUUGUAAGCUCUUCGUUAGGCAAUGUAACUUUGAAAUCAUCAAAAUCCGGACACGAACCUAUUCAAAAUAGUACAAUCGGAGAGAAUGUGGAGCUUGCCGAAAUACACAGUUUUUCUAUGGUUUAUUCUUUUUCAGCGUUAAUGGGCAACGUUUGUAUUUUUGUAUUUGGAGGAAUAAGUCAUUUUAUCAAACUUACAAUGAUAAUUUUAUCAACAAUUAUUCAAGUAACUUUCAUUUGGAAUAGCGACAUUUUCUCAACCUAUGACAUCCUGUAUAAUAAUGAAAAUUUGUCAUUAAAAACUCGUAUUUUUAUGUUUUUGAUUGUCGAAAACAUAUUGUUAUACACAUUAGAAAGGCACAGGGAAUUUAUAGAUAGAAAAUAUUAUUAUAUAACUGCGAAACUACAAGUAGAACAGGAAGAAGUUGAAACAAUGCGAGGCAUCAAUAAAAUUCUAUUAGAGAACAUAUUACCAGCGCAUGUUGCAGAUUUUUUUUUAUCAAAAGAUAGAUGCGUACAAGAACUGUAUCACGAAAGUUAUACAUCUGUUGGGGUUAUGUUUCUUUCAAUUCCUAACUAUAAAGAAUUUUAUGAUGAAACUGAUGUAAAUAAGCAAGGAUUAGAAUGCUUGAGACUAUUAAAUGAAAUAAUUUGUGACUUUGACAAAUUGUUAUUAAAACCUAAGUUCAGCGCAAUUGAAAAAAUUAAGACAAUAGGAUCAACAUAUAUGGUAGCAUCUGGGAUACGACCAGGAAAAGAGGGCAUGAAUACAGAUUCCAGACGAAUGGAAGAACAUAACGUAACAAUUCUCGUAGAAUUUGCAUUUGCGUUAAUGGCAACAUUGGAACAGAUAAAUAAAGAAUCUUUUCAACGUUUCAAACUAAGGAUCGGACUGAAUCAUGGACCAAUAAUUGCAGGUGUCAUUGGUUCCCACAAACCAUUCUUUGAUAUUUGGUCGAAUACAGUCAAUGUAAGCAGUCGAAUGGAUUCAUGUGGGGUUAUGGGUAAAAUUCAGUGCACUGAGCAUACAGCAAAAGUGCUAAUGAAUGCGGGGUAUACGUGUGAAUGCAGGGGUCCGAUAUUUGUAAAAGGCAAAGGCACACUAACGACUUAUUUUGUUAAAUCUAACCAAUAAUUAUGUAAAAAAGAAUAACCCUAAUUCUGUAAAUCAAUUAAUAAAACCA